AUGUCAAUCCAUCCUACAAAGGACGAUCCCGCUCUUUCGUUAUCCCCUCAUCCUGAUUUCCGCCCCUCGUCCAUUCACUGCAUACGCGACGCAGGAGCGUAUUCAAGUCGAAGCAAGGAGCACAUCGCAACUCCUGAAGCGAAAGGGGAUUUUAUCGAUCUUGCUACAAAACAGCAUGAGGAUGGAGACACCGAAAGAGGAUUUGACAGCUGGUGCGCAAUCGUACUUCCGAGUGGGAUGCAACGACUGCCGGAGGAGUUGCUAGAAGAGAUCUUUGCCUACGCGGAGGGUAGCAAGAAGGAGCUCGCGUCCUAUUCCCUCGUCUGUCGUGCAUGGUCCUGGCCGACACGUCCCUUCCUCUUCAGGGUCGCCAACAUAGACACUGUCAUCCACCGAGGAACUCAGCGCGAUGCAACUAUGUCUUCGACCGCCUCUAUGAGUUCAGCGUACUUCGCCAAAUCGACAGCGCAUAGCAUCGACCAAUUCAUCGCAUUCCUCCGAGCGCAUCCCCCCAUCGCGCAACAAUACCAAAGGUUCCAUCUUGGACAGCGACCUUGGGUGGAUCCCGUGAACAGCAUCGUGGACGAUACGAUCGCGCAGUGCUUGGACUGCACGCCAAAUAUUCGAUACCUGGAUGCGAACAGCACUGAGGCGCCCUUCUCGAAGGCCCUGCAGGCCUCUGUUGCGCGCAAGCUCCGUGCCUCUGUCGUUGGCUUCUCCAUGAUACAGGAUGUGAUGGCCAUGCCCCUCGUACAAGCAGCAGUGCGCGACGCAACCCACCUCGUCUCAUUACGCGUAUCUGUCCGCGAUCGCCUGACGCCUAUCCGCGGUCUCAAAGCCAAGGGGGAUACCCCUCGCCCCUCAAUCCGCUCCCUGGACGUUGGCCCGGCAACGCGCGACCUCCCCAAGUGGCUCGUCUCGGACGACUCGCCCGUCUCCCUCGAGAAUCUCCAGGAGCUCACUAUCCACGAGACAGCGCUGCACAUCGCCUCCAUCCACGAGCCGCUCUUCACCGCUGUCGGAUCCUCCGUGCGCGUGCUCACGCUCGCGUCGUGGGAUCUCGACUUCAGCGUCAAGUUCGAUCUGUUCCCGUCGCUCCGCGUCCUGCGCAUAUGCGGCAUGUCUCUACGCGGCAUGUCUGCGAGUCGCGCGUUACUGCUCUUCAAGCAACUCCCUCACAGUCCUGCACCGCAGCUGGAAGAAGUCGAGCUCGUCUUCAUGCCUGUGCGCUCCAUCGACGACGAUGAGCGGACGAAGGGCGUCAAGUCAUGGCAGGACUUCGCGGACGUGCUUAUUGGGCCCGGGCUCAUUGGGUUGAAGAGGAUCAAGAUCAUGGUUGACGAUCGGGCAGAGAGCGCACUUCGUGCCAAUUCGCCUCGUGCCUUCCGUGGGCGUCCACCAAAGGCGUUGCGACUUGCGAUGCAUGGAGAGGAGGGCAUCGCGCCCGAGGAACCUUGGACGACCGCGGAGCAGGUGGGAAAAACUAGGGAAAUUCUGCGAAAGAUUUGUCCCAAACUCGUACAACAUGGCUUGCUGUAAUGGCCUAGCCCCUCUGGCAGUGACGGCAUGUGAUCUUGACUUGCUUGCCGCAGGUGUGAAUAGAUUAUAUAUUCUUGCCAGGAAGAAGGAUCAAUGUCCGUCUAAUUUUCAGUCAAAU